AUGAUUCUCAGCGGACUCGGGAUCGUCACCCGCCAAUUGGUACGGAGCCUACGACACCUUACCCAGCAACAACAGCCAUGUGGCGUGGACCUUACUCUCCGUCAGGUUUCCAAAUGGACCUCAGCAGCUACGAUAGACUUCGACAAUACAAAACGCCAAGCGGCCAAAACGUCCAGCCUGCCCUUCGACAACAAUAACAACAACACCAGUCAAACAAUCAUAUUACAGCCAGGCGCCUACCUGAUCGAUUUCAAUGAAACGGUUCGAAUUCCACUGAAUUGCAUGGGGACUGUUUUCCCUCGAUCUUCGUUGUGGCGGUCUGGUGUCGGCAUUGUUGCUGGUGUGAUCGAUGCUGGAUAUGAAGGUGCUAUGGGGGCUUUGAUGGAAGUGAAGAAUCCUAAUGGGGUUGUUUUGUACAGAAAUGCCAAGCUCGCGCAGAUUGUGUUUGAGGAAUUGGGGCAAUCUGUAGAGGGGUAUAAUGGUGUCUACCAGUCUUCGACUACUAAUGUUGGACGUGAUGGGACAGAGAAGGUGUAA